CCCGCGGAACCAUUUGGUGUUUGUGAACCUCUCUGAGGGUUUAUUAUAUGAGCUCGUUGCCUCGACGCCUCCUCGUAUCUACGGCGCUCGGUUGUCAACGAAGGUCUUGUGUGGAUUCGCAGAAGAAGGGGAUUAAUCCAUGGGUCAGGCACUUUGUUGCGUGAUAGUAGACCAGUCUACUGUUGCAGUCAAGGAGUCCUUUGGAAAGUUCGAGGAUGUCCUUGAUCCAGGAUGUCAUUGCUUGCCUUGGUUUCUUGGAAAGAAAAUAGCUGGCCGGCUGUCACUGAGGUUGCAACAGUUGGAUGUUAAAUGUGAAACUAAAACAAAGGACAAUGUUUUUGUAAAUGUCGUUGCAUCAGUACAGUACCGUGCACUGGCUGAGAAAGCAAGUGAUGCAUUUUACAAGCUGAGCAAUACAAGAUCUCAAAUACAGGCUUAUGUUUUUGAUGUGAUCAGAGCUAGUGUCCCGAAACUUAACCUGGAUGAUGCUUUCGAGCAGAAGAAUGAUAUCGCAAAAUCAGUGGAAAACGAACUCGGAAAGGCUAUGUCAGCUUAUGGAUUUGAAAUUGUGCAGACUCUCAUUGUUGAUAUCGAGCCGGAUGUACAUGUCAAACGAGCAAUGAAUGAAAUCAAUGCUGCUGCAAGGUUAAGGAUGGCAGCAAAUGAGAAGGCUGAAGCUGAGAAGAUCAUCCAAAUCAAGCGGGCAGAAGGUGAGGCCGAAGCCAAGUACUUGGCGGGUUUAGGCAUUGCUCGACAACGCCAAGCAAUCGUGGACGGACUUAGAGAUAGUGUGCUGGGCUUCUCAGUUAAUGUGCCAGGUACCACAGCUAAAGAUGUGAUGGAUAUGGUCCUAGUCACUCAGUACUUCGACACAAUGAAGGAGAUCGGUGCUCACUCAAAAUCUUCAGCUGUUUUUGUACCCCAUGGACCUGGUGCUGUUCGUGAUGUUGCAGACCAAAUUCGCGAUGGAUUGCUUCAAGCAGCUAGUCACAAUUAAAUGCUGCUGCUCGUGUGUGGUUAUAUGACGAGAAUGCUUGCAGUUAUCAAGGACAAUUGUGAUUCAGAUAGAAUACUAGAAAUGUCGUGUAUUUAGCUAUCGUUCCUCUUUGUUUAUGCAUAUGAUCUUAAUGCUAAAUUAUGAUCAGUUUGUGCA